CCGAGCAGCUGUUACAGUGGAUACCUACUUCGCAUGUUUAGGUCAGAAAAAGAGCUUAAUUUCAACUUCGCAGCGCAGAAGCACCAUAUGCUUUUGACAAACGCUGACAGCUUGGUAAACAUUUUUACGGCUGAAUUGGAGACUGCGAAUACUUGUGCAGCUCUUCCACACUCUUCUGACUUCCAUCCUAUCCCGAGGUUUCACAUCUCCACCUCAGCACUGUUAGAGGUCCAUUAGCCCGAGACCCUACUCGUAUUUGUAAGCGCGUCUGCCCUUUCACCACCCAGCGCAAGGGCCGUAGUUCCGCCAUGCGGACUGCCUGGUCGCCUGCCCCUUCUUCAAUGUCAUCAUCCCUCGGCCAACCCUCCGUACGACGACACCCAUCAACCGCCUCCGCCUUUUCGCUUCAGCCGCAGUCACGGUCCUUACGACGUGCGGGCAAUGCCGUUAGCCUUCAGGCCCGUCGUCCAUUUUCUGGAACCCCCCGGCUUGCCCUGAACCGAACGCCGAGCCAUGUGGACAUCUUCAAGGCCGCGGCGGUUGGGCCCCAAGGAUCAAACGCCGCCGGAUCCCAGCCCCUCCUGACUCCGCAAAUAGUUGAAUCAGGAGUUGCUCAACAAAGCUCGGGUGAUGGACGUUUAUCCGUGGAGGUGCUGCCCGCCGCUAGUCCCGCAGAGCUUCGAGCUGCAGCCUUCCUCCGUGCCGCAUGCUUCUACACCUAUCCCGCCGGCCGAAGCGAAUUCGCGGAACGGUCCCAUCGCCUCAUGAAGGCGAAUGCGGAAUGGGACUCCCUGACCGCCAAAGUCGCAGGCCGCGAUCCCGCCUUUCGCGAGCUGGACGUGACCGCCUUCAUCGCCGCUGUGAACGUAGAGCCGGAACAACCAGACAGCAGUGAUGAUGGAAGCAAGAAAGCAACAGCAGCAUCAGCCAACGCAACGCCACCAACAGCAGACCCCACAGCAUCAACAACAGAGAGUGAAGCUGCCCAAGGCCAGGUGAAGCCCACAAGUGGCACCGCAGCAGCCUCCGAACAUGCCGUACAAAUGGAUCUGGAACCAAAUCGUAGCAACCGGCGGGAGUUGCUGUCGAAAAUGCGGUCAGGUCUGGACGCGUCAGCUCAGUUGCCAGCGGAACCAGGGCUCAACCCGCGGUUGGUGGUUGGGUCGUUGGAUCUCAAUGUGGGUCACUCGUUGCCGUCGGAGGAGCUGGUGGGCCAGCAGCCGCAGGUGGACCCCAGGCGCCGGCGGGCCUACCUCAGCAACGUGUGUGUCGCGCCCUCCGCCCGGCGCCUGGGGGUCGCCAGGGCGCUGCUGAGGCAUGCGGAGGGAGCCGCCAGGCGUGCAGGGGUAGAUUGGCUGUACGUGCAUGUGGUGGCCGAGAACACAGCCGCCGUGCGACUGUACUGCGAUGCGCUUGGUUUCCAGGUGGAGCAAUCCGAGUCGGAAGGCGACGCACGCUCGCUGGGUCGGCCGCGCCGGCUGCUGCUGGUGAAGCAGCUGGGGCCCUAGCAGCCCACCGCAGCCGUGCCCACGGUUACUGGGGCAACCGUAAUUACGGGGCAGACACGCGCAGGUUUUAAAAAGACCGAUCUCAUGGUUC